AUGGCCUUGAUAUACAUGUGUACACGACUAACCGUCAAUAUAUCGCAGAUCUAUAUGCCAAUGUAUAUUACAGAAACACUGCACAUGCACAAAGACUCGGUAGCUAUCGUUCCGUUGGUUGGAUAUGCUGCUGGAUUCUGCACAUCACUCUUCAUGAAUAACACAAAUAAGCUACUGGGACGAAAGAGAACAUACAUAGUCGGUAUAUCGUGUACACUGGGAGCGUGCGUGUGGAUCUUCUUUAUUGACGAGGCGACGUCUAGUCGUGUUUAUGGGGUCGCUGCCCUGAGUGGUGUGGGAGGCUCCACGGUCCUUGUGACGUCACUGGCCAUGACAUCUGAUCUCAUAGACCAAUAUUCGAACAGUGCCGCCUUUGUGUAUGGAGCGAUGAGUUUUACGGAAAAACUUGCCAAUGGACUGGCUGUCGUUCUUAUACAACGCUACAACCCCUGUGAGAAUGGUUCUGCUGCCCACAUGACGCAUCACUGCACCGUGUAUUAUCGUGACGUCCUGGUGACGGUACCGGGGGGCGUGACCUUCAUCUCCCUCCUCGUGCUACUCAGCACCAUGUCCUCCAUCGGCGGCAGGAGCGGCUGGAAAGAACACAGAAUAUUGCAGUCCACUUCACAUGACAAAUAUUAGGAUCGGGUCACUGAAGAAACACCAAGAUUUAAUGAGCAGAUAGUUGAGAUUUGGAAACGUUUAAAACCUUGCAAUGCAAAGAGUGAAGACUUCCGGAAAGCUUGAAAUGACUUCUUGAGACAGGAAGUCGUUUAUGUAUCAUUAAAGACUUAUUACCGCGUUUUAAGGGUAGGGGACUCGCUUUGCAAAGUGAUAAACAAAUAUUAGAGGGUGGAUUCCUCUCAGAUUUAGUGGACAUAUAAUGUACAUGCAGAACUUGAGGACAUAUCUACUUUCUUUCCACUACAAAAAUAUUGGUUUCACAGACGGUUCUUGUGCCAAGGUCGCUAUCUGCUAAUGGAAAUCUUUUAAUAUAACAAACAUUAGUUGUAAUGUCCUAAUUUGAAUAAUAAACAAUCUGAACACGUU